AAAACUACAAACAGUUUAUUGAAGUUUAUCAAAGUUAAAUUUAGCAAAAAUGUUCAAAAUUUUCGUCUUGACCGCUUUGUUGGCUUUUGCCCAUGCUGACAACAUCGACAAAGAUGCCCAAGUGCUGAGCUAUAAAAAUGAUCCCGCCGAUGCCGAGGGCAACUAUGCCUAUGCCUUUGAGACCAGCAAUGGUAUACAACAGCAGGAGGCUGGCAACCCAGCUGGUGUAGCUGGCUCCUAUGAGUUUGUGUCGCCCGAAGGUGAAAAAUUCCUUGUGAGCUAUACCGCCGAUGAGAAUGGUUUCCAACCCGUUGGUGAUCAUUUGCCCACACCUCCCCCAAUUCCAGAGGCCAUUGUUAAAGCUUUGGAAUAUAUUGCUGCUCAUCCUCCUCAGGAAGCACGAAAAUAAAUUUCUAAAUAAACUCAAUUCCAGUUAAUUUAAAUUUCGCCCCUUCCCCCCCUCCACCC